AUGGACGAUGCUCACGACCCGGUUUACAGUCACCCGAAGGAGCCCGCGUGCACGUACGACCCAAUCGAGGGCCUAGUCCUCGCUCCAGACACUGUCGAAGACCCAAGCGAGCGCGUCCGAGUACUAGAAGCCCAAAUAGCGCAGCUUCAGUCGAAAUUAAACCUCGCACAAGUCGAGGCAGUUUCCAAUUCGGCGAGCUCCAGCCAUCACAGGACGGGCUCUUCGCCUCCAGAAUCUAUUCCUUCUCGUUCAUUCAUGUCCAGCAGUCCCCCUGGUCACUCGCUGCCUCCGACCGGAACGGGCUUGCCCUCGAAUAGUCUGUAUACCCACCCGCCGUACGACAACCGACAGCCACCGUAUGCAAGUGCUGGAACCACGCGUCCUGUACCGGGCCCAACAUUACCGCCCUUGAAUCAUUUCCCUGCGUCAGGAGACGGACGCACCAGACCGGGUUCUCAAGGCGACGCAUAUUACACUGGUCUAGAGUCGGACGUGCGCAGCACGCCUUUUAAUAGCGAAACACAUCAUUCAUCGGACCGCGUCCACCAUCCUCGGACGUUAUCUCAUCCUUACCAUCGGGAUCAGCCUCACAUCUCUCAUCUUGUCAGAGGCGACCGAGGAGAUGGCUACGGCAACGUACGCAUCUCGUCUGGCAGCUCUGAUGGGUUUGGGUCAGCGGUAGAGGCAGGUGUACCGAGGGUGUCCAGACUAGCGAGACAGUCUGACACUCGAGUUCGCGGAUAUUCGUUGAAUAAUGACCCGUCUGCGCCACUAUACGAUCUCAUGUUUUCUGGAUGGAGCAAAGAUUUACCCCCUAGACACGAAUUAGCAAACUACAUCGACAUCUACUUCCGCUGCGACCCUUGCAGCUCCCGCAUGCUUCAUCGUCCAACGCUUCUUAAUAAUCUUAAUUAUCCUCCAACGCACCCAGAUUUCCCCCAUCCAGCUUUGCUUCAUGCCAUCUGCGCCACUGCGUCUCGCUAUACAUUCCGCGGACGUCUCGAUUCUGCUCUCAAUGCAGCUGAUGCACAACAAUCUACCGUGCCUCAGCGAGAUCGCUUCGCAGAGUUUCACGCGAACAAGACGCGUGCCUAUGUUAACGCCACCAUGUCCAAUGGCCAAAACAUUUUCGACGUCUUCCAGGCGUGCGUUAUCCUUUCUUGGUGGUUCUACUCUGAAGGCCGAUGGGUCGAGGUUUGGAUCCAGGCUGGAUUUCAAACGCGGGCGAUUGUUCCGCUCGGUUUGAACUAUCUCGGUUUAAUCAAGCGAGGUCCAGACGGUGCACCCGUCAAAAAUCCAUAUCUUGCAGCUCCAAAGAAUGCACAUGAGACGGAGACGAGGCGCAGGGCGUGGUGGAUGGCCAUUCUCUUUGACCGGAUCGUCAGUCUUGGCGGAUGGCUGCAUAGUGUGGAUGAGCGAGACAUUGGCACUGAGCUUCCGCUCCCAUAUGCUCGCUACGAUGCCGCAUUUGAAUUUCCCUCAAACCCUCAAACGUUGCAUUCAGAAAAUGUGUUUACCCGACAUCCAAUCGAAUACACCGACUCGCAUAUACUCUUCCUCAAGAGCAUCCUUCUCUUUGGCCGUAUCACGGAUUACACGGUUCGGAUGGGUAUCCGCGCUCCACUCCUGGCUCAUGCACAUGGAGACGUUGCUUCUCCACUCUAUCAUACCGUUUCACCAGGAAAAAAUACUGGAAACACCCCUGGCGCAACUCCAAGCGGUCCAUCCAAUUUGUCUGCAGGCGGCGCUGGAACAAAUGCGCGUUCGCCCUCACCUGGAGGACAUGCGCGUGCCAAUUCUGCUGCCGCGAAUGGUACUACCGAUCCACGGAAUGCACCUGGAUUCCAAACGCUCGACAAACUUGUUGCAGUCGAAUUUUUGAAUUCGUUCCCGGCGCAGUAUAGGUCGUGCUUGGGUGCGCUCGAUGCGUCGGCGAGUGGAAUUGGAAUGGGGCUUGAUGGGUAUACGAUGCCUCCUGCUGGUGGGCUUGAUACGGAUCUAUACGUGGCUCAUCUCGUUCCGCAUGCCGCAACUAUUACGUUACAUAAUCCGUGGGUCAACUACGCCGAGCCUGCCACUUGUCCAUCAGUUGCAAGGUGCAUGGAAGCGGCCCGUGCGAUCCUCGACAAGUACUACCUACUCCAAUCGACAUCAUUUGACAUUACACUCCUUCACCCCUUUGUCACCAUCUGCUGGUAUUUGGCCUGUGUCGUCCAGAUUCACCUGUGCAAGCGUUUGAUCGAGAUGGGAGAUGUGGUCAACGAGGCAACCUGCUGGGGCGAAAUUAACAUGCUUCGAAACGCUCUGAUUACCUAUGGCAAGUACUGUCCGAUAGGGACUCGACAAGAGAAGAUGCUACAUCCUAUCAUGCAAGAGAUUAUCAGUAUGACGACUCAAGAGCAGCCCCUUCAAGUUGGACUACCCUUAUACCCGUUCUCCAUCGACUCGGCCUUCCAGCUGGCCGAAAAGCGAGCUGCGGCAGAAGCAAACGUCGCAGUCGGCAUCAUACGCGGUACUGGUGCACCGAAAGGACAUCUUAGCGGGAUCGAGACGCUUCUGAGUGCGUCUUCGGGUGCGGCUAUGAUCGAGGAAGAGGUGGAUGUGCGGGAUGCCAUUGCGCCUAUUCCUGACGUGUCGAUUGUGGGUGAAGAUGGGGACACGACCAUGACGGAUCACGUCCCACCGCUUCCCGUAGGAGGCAUCACCGUACCUAGAGUUCAGAGCAUUGGGGGAAGCUGGAUGACGGAGGGAAACUAA